GCAGCUGUCGGGGGCUGCGUGGUUUAAAGAGGGGGGGGCGGGGAGCUACGCUCCCGGUGCUGUCCGGUCCCGUCCCGUCCUAGCCGCGCGGCUGUCGCUGUCCGGCCGUGCGCCCCAGCCGUCUCCGCUGCCCCGCCGUGCGCCCGCCGCUGUCCCCCCUGUGUCCCACCUGUCUCCACUGUCCUGCCUCCGCUCGUCGCCUACCAGCGGCUUGGGAGCCGGAGAGGUCCCAGGGCAGGCGCUGUCCAGCCUGAGCCGGAGCACAGCUGUGAGCGGCGAGGCGCGGGGACGUCUUGGCGGCCACCAUGGUGGCCACGUGCCUGCAGGUGGUGGGCUUCGUCACGAGCUUCGUGGGCUGGAUCGGCAUCAUCGUGACCACGUCCACCAAUGACUGGGUGGUGACCUGCGGCUACACCAUCCCCACCUGCCGCAAGAUGGACGAGCUGGGCUCCAAGGGGCUGUGGGCGGACUGCGUCAUGGCCACCGGGCUGUACCACUGCAAGCCGCUGGUGGACAUCCUCAUCCUGCCGGGCUACGUGCAGGCAUGCCGAGCCCUAAUGAUUGCUGCCUCGGUGCUCGGGCUGCCGGCCAUUCUGCUACUGCUGACGGUCCUGCCCUGUAUCCGGAUGGGCCAUGAGCCUGGUGUGGCCAAGUACAGGCGAGCCCAGCUGGCCGGUGUCAUGCUCAUCCUGCUGGCUCUCUGCGCCAUCGUGGCCACCAUCUGGUUCCCCGUGUGCGCGCACCGCGAGACCACCAUCGUCAGCUUCGGCUAUUCGCUGUACGCGGGCUGGAUCGGCGCCGUGCUGUGCCUGGUGGGCGGCUGCGUCAUCGUCUGCUGCGCGGGAGACGCCCAGGCGUUCGGGGAGAACCGCUUCUACUAUUCUUCGGGCUCCAGCUCCCCGACUCACGCCAAGAGCGCGCACGUGUGAGAGGCGCGAGCUGGGGGGCGCUGCAGGUGCCGGGGCUGAGCCGCAGCCCCCCGCGGCGGGGUGCUCCGCUGCUCCGCUGCUCCGCUGCUCCGCUGCCGGGCUCCGAAGCCAAAGGUCCAGAAAAGCGUCCUGGCCGGCGUGUGUAGUCGCAGCCCCUCCCCCGUCUCUAGCUCCAUAAAGCCUCACUUGCUUCUUAUGGCGUUGCCCACUAUUAGCUUUUUUUCUGGGCAUUUCUUUGUUGUUUAUUAAAAAUACAUGUUUAUAUAUUUUGUUUCUCUCUGAAUCUUGAUGCCUUGCAAACAUUGCUGAGUCGGGUGGGGGUGGGGCAGAGAAAUAAAGACACUUUUCAUGGAGGACAGCGAGCCUCCAUCUCCCCCUCUGCAGUUCCAAGGUCAUUUACUUACAAGAGAUAGAAGAACCCAGAAUUGGGGACACAUGGUGUGGGGACGGGGGAGGAAUCGUGGAACUUUCUCUCCAAGGGAAAGUUUCCCUUUUUGAAGUUGAGGGCAAAGGGUGGGGAUUUUUUUUAGUUUGUGAUUUUACAUUUACCUGUACAUACUUUUUCAAGAUUGAUCGUUUUUAUAACCAUGGUUUUCCUGAAAUUCUCGAUUCGUCAGUAUGAAGGAAAUGAACCAAGCAGACCCCAAUUAUGCCAUAAAUAACAGUGCAAGUGAGUAUAACUCUAACAGACAUUCCUCAGAACACUUCUGAUUUUAAGAUCUGUAUGAUACACUUUUUAAUCCUACGUUUUCCUGUGCUUCAAUUUACAUUUUUAAAGCUUUCCCCCUUUCUCUCUCUAUUUUCCUUCUGAUAUCCAUCUGGAGGUGAUGUUGUUUAACGUUAAUUGUACUGUUGAAUUUGGCUUUACGGGUGUAAACUGAUGAUGUAUCAGUAUCUGAGACCCCAAACUCUCCAAACACUAUGGUGCAUUUUGUUCUUUAAGUGGAAUUUGUGCAAUAAAAUAACAGACUGUCUGCAAAA